AUGUCUCAGGGAAGAGGCAGUGCAGUUUUUGCCACAACAAUAAUGUUGAGUUUGGUGGUGCUUUUCCAUUUUGAGGUGGCUGAAUCUGCCAGCUACGUCGUUGGAGGUAGCGGUGGUUGGACCUUUAACGUAUCUGGUUGGCCCAAUGGCAAGAAGUUUAAAGCUGGCGACACACUCGUGUUCAACUAUAAAUCGGGGAUCCACAAUGUCGUGGCGGUGAACAAAGGUGGCUAUCAAGGUUGUACCACCCCUCGCGGCGCCAAGGUGUACAAGACCGGAAAAGAUCAGAUAAAACUUGUUAAGGGACAGAAUUUCUUCAUUUGUAAUCUUCCAGGGCACUGUCAAUCUGGAAUGAAGAUAGCCAUCACUGCAAUGUGA